GGCAUACACAGAAAGGAAACCGGCUGUAUUACUUUUCUCACUUUAGUCGUCUUGAAAAAUCCAUUGGCACUCCGUGACCAAUAGGGAGGCACUAUCUCUGUAUAAUUCCAGCACAUUAAAACAAAAUGGGAGCUUCUCGCGCUGACAAAGAGUUAUACUUCCAAAAACUCAAGGAACUCUUGGCCAAGUACCCGUCGAUUUUCCUUGUCAACGUUGACAAUGUCGGUUCCAACCAGAUGCAUCAGAUUCGUGUCUCUCUCCGUGGCAAGGGUGUCGUUUUGAUGGGCAAGAACACCAUGGUCCGACGUGCUCUCCGUUCCAUUCUCUCCGAGUACCCCCAGUUCGAACGUCUCCUUCCCCACAUCAAGGGUAACAUUGGUUUCGUCUUCACCGCUGGAGAUCUCAAGGAUGUUCGCGACCUUAUCGUCGCUAACAAGGUCGCUGCCCCCGCUCGUGCUGGUGCCUUUGCCCCUAAGGACGUCACUGUCCCUGCUGGUAACACCGGUAUGGAACCCGGAAAGACAUCUUUCUUCCAAGCUCUUGGUAUCCCUACCAAGAUUGCCCGUGGUACGAUUGAAAUCGUCUCCGACGUCAAGGUCGUGCAAGCUGGUACUCGUGUGGGAACUUCGGAGGCAACCCUGUUGAACAUGCUUAAUAUUUCCCCCUUCACCUAUGGAAUGACAGUUGUCCAGAUCUUCGACUCUGGAAACUCGUUCUCGCCUGACGUUCUGGAUGUUGAUGAGCAGGAGCUCGUGGACAGGUUCUUGAGCGGUAUCAAGACCAUCGCGGCUAUUUCCCUUGCUCUCAACUACCCUACCAUCGUAUCUGUGGUUCACUCGCUUGUCAACGCCUACAAGAAUGUCCUUGCCGUUUCAUUGGCUACCGAGUAUACAUUUGAUGGAUCUGAGAAGGUCAAGGAGUACCUUGCCAACCCCGAGGCAUUUGCCGUUGCUGCUGCUCCUGCUGCUUCCGAGGCUGCUCCUGCUGCCGUUGCUGUUGAGGAGAAGGAGCCAGAGAAGGAAGAAGAAUCUGACGAUGACAUGGGCUUCGGUCUGUUCGAUUAGAUAUAUUCGUGCUCACUCAUGUAUCGUAAUCUUUACUGGAAUACCAUACGUAUACUGUAUUGCUUGAAUUUGUAUCCGGAAAAUAAUCGGCAUUGACGGUCCGGCAGUCCCCGACGUCUCAUGUCAUCGUCAUACAUGACGGUCGCCUUUGCUUUUCAUUACGUCCUCUACAGUAUAUAAUACGCAGCCAAGGUUGCCUAA